AUGACGACGACAACGGCGACGACCGCAACAAGAAUAAACGUCCGGCCGGCAAAGGCCCGUCCGGCUGACGGUGCGCGCUCGGGCCGCACCGGUCAAGACAAGGCGCGCGGCGGCAACGAUCGCCGCGGCGCCGACCCCGCCGCAGUGAAAGCGAUCGUCUCGCCGUCCGCUGCGCCGUCAGCGUGCGGAAGAAACCCGCGUUUACUGGAAAACGCCUGUCAGGCGCUGUUCGCCAGCCGCCCGGAAGCGAUCGUGCGCGCUUGGUUCGUGCAGUCGGUCACCCCGCGUUUCCGCGAAGCGCUGCGCUGGAUGGCGGCUAACCGCAAGGCUUACCACGUGGUGGAUGAGGAAGAGCUGGCCAAGGCUUCCGGCACCGAGCACCACGGCGGCGUCUGCUUCCUGAUCAAAAAGCGUCAGGGCCUGGAUGCGCAGACCUACCUGAAAAGCGCACCGGCGACCGACUGCGUGCUGGCGCUGGAAGAAGUGGGUAACCCGACGGCGCUGCUGGAAUCCGGCGCGGCGGUGCGUACCGCAGAAGGCGGCGCGGAGCACAUCAAGGCGAUCAACGCCGACGAUUUCCUGUCGGUGCUGGACACCUUCCGCAAGGCGGGUUACACCAUCGUUACCACCUCCAGCCACAAAGGCACCGCGCUGGCGCAGGCCAAGCUGCCGGCCAAGAUGGUGCUGGUGCUGGGCCAGGAACGUGACGGUCUGAGCGACAGCGCCUGGCAGCAGGGCGACAUGAACGUGUCUAUCGGCGGCACCGGCAAGGUGGAAAGCCUGAACGUUUCCGUAGCGACCGGCAUUCUGCUGGCGGAUGGUGGCGUCAGAAUCAGGCGUAAUCUGUUCUACGCGGAUAAAAAAACGGGCGCCAGGGCGCCCGUUUCGUUUAUUGAAGCUUAG